AUGGAUUCAAUCACGGAGUACAGUGGGCUAUUACCGGCAGCGUUUUUCAUCAUCGUAACUUUGAUGGUGGUCAUCUACAAAGUUGUCUACAAAAUGUUCGUAGCCGUGGGGAAUUACGCGGCCAUCAAAAGGACCAACAACGACUACGCGCCGCGUGAGCCUGUCCAACUCAGAGACGUUACAGAGGACCAAUUAAGGGCCUAUGACGGUUCUGAUUCCAUCAAGCCCCUAUUGAUGGCCAUCAAAGGGCAAAUUUACAGUUCUGAUUUCAACAACCCCACAAUCAACACCCAAUUCACAAAAUCAGACCAUGUAAUUAACAAUCUAGAAAUGUAA